AUGCCAAUCACCGAGGAAGAGCUUGAGGCCACCACGCUCGGUCGCGCGAUCAACAACGCGUCCGACCAGAGGCUACGCGUGGUUCUCAAAUCCAUCUGCGCGAAAAACGACCAGGCUCGUAAAGAAGCCGAGAGUCAAUUUCUGGUAUUGGCGGCCGAUACCAAAGAGAGCCCCGACAGCAAUAAAAGAGCAAUUUCCCGAUACGCGUCUUGCAUCAAUUGCGAGAAGGAAUUCGAUGUUACGACCAACACGGAGAAAAGCUGUCGAUAUAAUCCAGGCACGAUUGUGCAAAAAUUGAGAUCACGGUCCAGUCGAAAAAAUGAGCCCACCGGCGAAGAUCUUUUUGUCGACAAUUGGGAUGAGUUUGAGGUGGACACCGAUGAAAUGCGCAAGGAUUUCCCACACUGCUUUACGUUCAUGUGCUGUAAUGAAAACCUUGAAGAGAACCCCCAUGGAUGUGUGACCGACUUCCAUCGAGAACAGCACCCUGAGGAGAAGCCAUCGAAAAGGUCGAGAGCUGUUUGA